CGGGGGCGGAGGGGCGGGCUCGGCGCGCGGACCCGCCCGCUCCGGACCGCGGCUGGGCGCGAGGGCGGCUCCCGGACCGCGGCCGCGGCGGCGGCGAUUCAGGUUCGAGAACCACGCACGUUGGGUGACUGGAAGCUGAGGCCACAGCAAUGACAGAGUCCUACGUGCAGAGGUUGUCCGCCAUCCUGCUGGACGCCGUCUCUGACAAGGACCCGCUGGUGCAGGAGCAGGUGUGUGGCGCCCUGUGCGCACUCGGGGAGUCGCAGCCAGAGGAGGCACUGCGCGCUUGUGAGCAGUACAUGAGGCAGCAGGAGAAGCUGGCGCGUCCACACCGGAUGGCGAUCCUGAGGGCCAUGGAGAAGGUGGUGAGCGGUCACACCGGCGAGCUGGACAAGGCCGUGGCCGGGGCUGCCGUCCUCCUGGCCUCCAGGGAGAUGACCAAGGCGAAGGAAUUGGUUUGUGACUGGCAGCAGGCCGCCAGCAAUGUCCUGGUGACGGUGGGGAAGCAGCACAUCGGCCUGGUGAUGGAGGAGGUACUGAGCAAGUUCCAGCCUGGGGCCCUGCCGCACCACUUUGUGGUGCAGACGCUGGCCGACCUCGCAGUUGCCAAUGUGUUCGGCACGGUGCCCUUCCUGACGUCCAUCCUAAGCACCAUGCUGCCCAUGCUGGGCGCGGCCAAGCAUGACACAACGAGGGUGGUGCUCUGCUAUGCUCUGCAGCGUUUCAGCGAGAGCAUUCUGGAGUAUCUGGCCAACCUGGACCAAGCCCCGGACCCCACAGUCAGGAAGGACACCUUCGCCGCUGACAUCUCUGGUGCCUAUGACGUCCUCUCUCACCACUGGCUGCAGAGCCGUGAAGCCAAGCUCCGGCUUGCGGUAGUGGAGGCCCUGGGGACCAUGAGCCACCUGCUACCAGGCGAGAAGCUGGAGGAGCAGCUUCCCAGGCUCUUGCCCGGAGUCCUCGCGCUCUACAAAAAGCAUGCUGAGACCUUCCACGUGUCUAAGAGCCUGAGCCAGAUCCUUGAUGCAGCCAUGAGCAUGGGCAGCCGCACGCUGGAGGUCCAGCUCGACUCGCUGCUGGCCGCUCUGCACUCUCAGAUCUGUGUGCCUGUGGAGUCAUCAAGCCCCCUGGGGACGAGCAACCAGAAGGCAGUACUGCGCUGCUUCACAGUGCUGGCCUGCUGCUCGCCUGACCGUCUGCUGGCCUUCCUGCUGCCUAAGCUGGACGCCAGUGGUGAGAGGACCCGCGUGGGUACCUUGCAGGCUGUGAGGCACAUCAUCAACUCGGCUGCUGCUCAGAUGGGAGUCAAGAAGGCCUUUAUCCUCUCCUCCAUGAAGCUUCCUCUCCUAGACCCCAACAGCAAGGUGAAGCGGGCUGUGGUGCAGGUGAUCAGCGCCAUGGCCCACCACGGCUACCUGGAGCAGCCUGGAGGCGAGGCAAUGAUCGAGUACAUUGUGCGACAGUGUGCGCUGCCCCCUGAGAUGGAGUCUCAGCAGCUGGGCCCUGACGGGGAGGACCUCGUGGCCGACAGCGUGCGGGCUGUCAGCGUCAGCACCCUCUACCUGGUCAGCACCACUGUGGACAGGAUGAGUGACGUCCUCUGGCCAUACCUGCUCGAGUUCCUCACCCCUGUGUGUUUCACUGGGGCGCUGACCCCGCUCUGCAGGAGCCUCGUGCACCUGGCCCGGAAGAGGCAGGAGGCGGGGGCCGGUGCCCUCCUCAUCCAGUAUGGCAGCAAUGCAGCCCUCCCGUCUCCCUUCGCCAUAACCACAAGACUUCUGACUGUGGCCUCCAGCCCCUACUUGGGGGGUGGCCGCGGAGUGGCCUCGCUGCGCCUCCUCAGUGUCCUGCAUCAGAAUAUCCACCCUUUGCUGGGCCAGCGGUGGGCAGCAGCCAUCGCCCUGCUGCUGAAGUGCCUGGAUGAACAUACCGAGGAGACCCUGUCACAGAGGCAGUGGGAGGAGAAGCUGCUGACGUUCCUUCGGGACACCCUGGUCGUUGUGUCUGAUGACACAUGGAUCUGCCGGCUGAGCCUGGAGAUGUGCAAGCAGCUGCCCUGCUACAACAGGAUGCCCCAGGAGAAGAGCUUCCUGUAUAAGUGCAUAGGAACCACCCUGGGCGCCGCCUCGAGUAAGGAGGUGGUGAGGGGGCAGCUGCGUGAGCUGCUGGAGGCAGCCAGCUCCCAGGAGGAGGCAGAGCGCGAGGACCUUGCCUGUUGUUUUGGGAUCUGUGCCAUCUCCCACCUGGACGACACCCUAGCCCAACUGGAGGACUUUGUAAAGUCAGAUGUGUUGAGAAAAUCCAUUGGCAUUUUCAACAUUUUUAAGGACCGAAGUGAGAGCGAGGCGGACAAGGCGAAGAGUGCCCUGAUCCUGUGCUACGGGCACGUGGCGGCCCGGGCCCCCCCUGAGCUGCUGCUGGCCCGGGUGGAGUCAGACAUCCUGCGGAACAUGUUCCAGUGCUUCAGCACCAAGAUUCUGGGAGUGAAGGUGGAGACCAAGGACCCGGCCCUGAGGCUGUGCCUCGUCCAGAGCCUGCACAUGGCCACCCAGGCCAUCUGCAACAGCCCGCAAGCCGGCUCCUUCCACUUCUCGCAGAAAGCAGAGCUGGUGGCACACUUGGUGGAGUUCAUCAAGGCCGAACCCCCAGACUCCCUGAGAACACCCAUUCGGAAGAAGGCCAUGCUUGCCUGCACUCACCUGGUCUCCCUGGAGCCCCCGCUGGAAGAGCAGGCCAGGGUGGACAUGAUCCGUGGCUGCCUGCACAGCGUCAUGGCUGUGCUGCCCGAGCCCGAGGGGCAGGAUGGUGGCCAAGAGUGCCUCUACCUGGACACCAUGCAUGCCCUUGAGGAUUUGCUGACAAGCCUCCUUCAGCGGAACAUGACCCCCCAGGGCCUGCAGACCAUGGUGGAGCACCUGAGGCCAUGGAUCAAGUCCCCUCAGGGCCACGAGCGGGCGCGGGCUCUGGGCCUGAGCGCCUGCCUCCUACAGCACCUGCGUGAGCACCUGCACGUCAGCGCCCUGGUGCCCUUCCACAACCUGGGCCUCCUCAUUGGCCUCUUCUCCCCACGGUGUGCGGACCUGUGGCCUGCCAGCCGCCAGGAGGCUGUUAGCUGCAUCUACUCCUUGAUGUACCUGCAGCUGUGCUAUGAGGGCUUUUCCCGUGACUACCGGGACCACGUGGCCGAGCAGCUCCUCGUCCUCAAAGACAGCCUCGUGCAUCCUGACCCUGCUGUCCUCUCCCACACCUGCCACAGCAUAGCCCAGGUUAUUGGGAAGCGCCUCCCACCAGAUCAGCUCAUCAGCCUCUUGCUAACCAUGUUUGAGGGCCUGGGAGACGCUGACAAGAGCUGCUCCCGAGCCUCUGCGGUCAUGAUCCACUGCCUGCUGAAGGAGCGGGGCGGCGUACUCCUGGAGAAGGUGCCCGAGAUCGUGAGCAUGCUGCACUCCAAGCUGCAGGAGACCCAGGAGGAGCAGGUCCUGCAGGCUGCACAGCGCAGCGUGUGCCUCCUGGCCUCCCAGCACCGAGCAGCCUUGGUGUCCAGUCUCCUGGGCAGCCCCCUGCCGUUCGACAGCCAGAGCUGCGCCCUGUGGCGGGCACUGGCCGCAGAGCCCAGCCUGACCACACCAGUCCUGGGGCUGCUGCUGGAGAGGAUGAGCAGAGAUGCGCCCUUCCAGGAGAGUCGGGCCUCCUUGCUGAGUGGCUCUCCCAGCCGCGUGGCCACCCUGCUGCCCCUUGUGGCCACCUGGGCACUGUGUGAGGUCAUGUCUGCCCCAGCGUCCGGGCCCGCCGUGCUCAAGCUCUACCCCCAACUGUUCACGGCACUCCUGCUGCGUGUCAGCUGCACCCUGGGUGUUCAGCUGCCCCGGAACCUGCAGACCAAAGAGAGAGGGGGUGCCAGCCCGGCUCCAGUCUCCAGGAGCCUCGAGCCCUGCAGCUCUGCAGUGGCCGCCCUGCAAGCCAUGCUGACCCGAGGCGGGAGUGAGGGUGUGGUGCAGCACGUGGGGCUGGAGGGAGGCUGGGAGCUGCUCAGGACUUCAGCCGGGCAUGAGGAAGGGGUCACCCUGCUGGCCAGAGCUAUGGCCAAGUUUGCAGGCCCCCGGCUGCCCCUCGUGAUGAAGGCACUCAUGUGCAUACAGAGCAGCACGUAUGAGAUCCAGAGGACCACCUCCACAGCCUUCCUGGCUGAGCUGCUCAGCAGCAACGUGGCAAAUGACCUGAUGCUCCUGGAGCCACUGCUGGACAGUCUGGAGGCCCGGCAGGAUGACACAUGUCCCAGCGUGAGGCGGCUGGCACUCCGUGGCCUGGCCAAUGUCACCUCCAGCUGCCCUGGGAAGGUGCAGACCCACGGCACCCAGCUCCUGACAGCCAUGCUGGGUGGGCUGGACGACCCGCAUGGCCUGGUGGCCCUGGAGGCCAUGGCAGGCCUCUCAAGGCUGCUGGGCCUCGUGGAGCCCAGAGACGUGCGCCCGGUGCUGCUCCACGCGGCCAUCCGCAUCCGGCCCUUCUUCGACAGUGAAAAGGCAGAGUUCCGGUCUGCAUCCAUCCGCCUCUUUGGGCACCUCAAUGAGGCGUGCCAAGCAGACUGUGAGGACGUCUUCCGGGAGCAGGUCAUCAGUGGGCUGGUCCCCCUGCUGCUGCACCUGCAGGACCCCCAGGUCCCCGUGGCUGCCGUGAGUUGCCAGCAGGGCAUGGGUGGGCCCCGCUGGGUCAGGGCCGGGGACUCAGCGGAAUGUCCCACAGGCCUGCGGGUUUGCCUUGCGCAUGUGUGGCCCCAACCUGGAGUGCGAGGAGCUGGCGGCGGCCUUCCAGAAGCACCUGCAGGAGGGCCGGGGCCUGCACUUCGGGGAGUUCCUGAACACCACCUGCAAGCACCUGAUGCGCCACUUCCCGGAGCUGCUGGGACGCCUGGUGAGCACCUGCCAGUUCUACUUCAAGAGCGGCUGGGAGGACGUCCGUGCCGCAGCCCCCAUGUUCAUAGGGUUCCUGGUGCUGCAUGUGGAGCCCGAGCAGGGGCCGCAGGUAGACCUGGAGCAGCUCGUCACAGCACUCCAGCUCCUGCUCAAGGACCCGGCCCCCUCAGUGCGCAUGAAGGCUGCCGAGACCCUGGGCCGCCUGGUGAAGUUCGCCUGAGGCUCCUGGCAGUACCACCCCUAGAGCAACACCCGCCUGGGCUGGGCUGCACCCCUGCCUGAGGGCAGGGUGGGAAGCCCGGCUGCAAGGGACCAAAUGCCUGAGGCCAAGCAGGGUGGGGCAAGUCCAGUGCCCCCAACGAGUUUCCAAUAAAGCCAUUUGCUACUCAG